AUGCGAAGAAAGGUAACGCUAAAAGAAGUGAUUUCUGUAGUGAAAUUAAGUUUGUUCCCAAUUUGGAGUUGGCCUGAGCCACAUAAUGCGACAAAAUUGAAAAUGUUCUGUGUGAAACUGCAUCAUUGUUUGGGCAUAAUUGUAGUAAUAAGUCUACAGAUACCAUUAAUGUAUGGUAUAAUAAAUAAUCUUGACGAACCUACUACGUUAACAAAGCAAGUUCUUAUGUUGAGUAGCGUUGUUCACGCUAUGUUUAAUUUUAUUUUUCAUACAGUUAAUUACCAUCAUAUACAGAAUGUUACUUUCGAAAUGAUACAGUUUUAUGACUUGAUGAAAUUACAUGAAGAAAUUGUGAUUCAACGAUACAUUGACAAAUGUAUCACAUUUCAUGGUACAUCUAUAUUUAUUUUCUACUGGCUUACGUUCACAGCUAUUGCAGUGAUACCUACUUUAGAGCAUCAACCAUUUCCAACAUCAGCCGAAUAUCCAUUUGAUGUAUCCUAUCAACCGUUAAAAGCAAUAAUUUUCAUACAACAAUCUAUCGCCGGAAUAAUGGUAGCAGGACAACUAUGUAUAAAUGUUUAUAUGGCUCUGUUGCUAUGGUUUACAUCGCAUCAACCUGUAUUGCUAAUAGUCCAGUUUUUCGGAAUGAGUAUAAUAGGUAUUUCGGAAGUAUUUAUGUAUACUUGGCCAGCAGAACAUUUGAUGUAUAUGAGCAAAUAUGUCGCAGAAACAGCAUUUCAUAUGCUCGAAAACAAUCAUUUGAUUAAAAUGUGGAAAUGUCUACAAAUUAUUAUAAUGAGAAGUCAAAAACCAGUAACGAUUUCAAUACCUUGCCUUCUGCCCAUAUUGUCCCUUAAUUAUUUUACAUCGUAUCUUUCAGCUAUACUCUCUUAUUUCACUUCACUGCGAGUAAUGAUGGACGAUGAUAACAAUUAA